GCGGCCUGUCGGUCGCGUGCGGGAAGGGGGUGUCUUCCGGUCCAGCCGAGCAAGUCGUUGCGUUUGUUGAAGGACAUCUGCUGAGGAGUUUGUGAUUCGGACGAAGAUUGAAGUCAUGGCUGGGGCAGAAAGUGAUGGCCAAUUCCAGUUCACUGGCAUUAAAAAAUAUUUCAACUCUUAUACCCUCACAGGUAGAAUGAAUUGUGUCCUGGCCACAUACGGAGGCAUUGCUUUGUUGGUCUUAUACUUCAAGUUAAGGCCUAAGAAAACUCCAGCUGUGAAGGCAACAUGAGUGGUAAGGACUCACCACUUCAGAGUGUGAAGCUUAGUCACUCUGAUGGAUUUUGAACUGUCUGACCUCACCUGUUAAGUCCCAUACCUGAAGAAACAAGAAACUGAUGUGAACUCAUCAUGUAAUACUCAAUUUGUACAAUAAAUUAUGAACCUGGAAAA